AUGGAUCGGGUGUACGAAUCCCGUACUAAAAGUAAGUAUGGGGUUCUGAUCCUGUACUCUUAAAUAUUUCUUUACUUUAAUGCGUUCUAAUUGAAAUACUAUGGGCCAUUCUGUCGCACGUCGUAGGACACCACAUACUUGUACUCGUUCUGACAAGCAGUAUGGUCCGUUCGUGAUACCCAUUCUAGAACGCGCGACCCGUUCUGAUAGAAAAAAUCACCCGUACCGGAACCCGUUCUGACACACAAGAAGACGCCCUGUACUUCCUAUACAGAAAAUUUCUUGGGCGUACUGCUAUCUGUGCAGAACGGCCCUUACCAUGAUCCGUUCUGAGUGAAAAAAGACGUCCCGUAUAGGACCCAUAAGUAAGUGUAGACUUAAAGGUAUGAUCCCUUCCCCCCCGCU